GGCAGCCGGUCUGCCGGGGAGGGACACAGAAGCCUUGCUAUAAAGUCAUUUACUUCCACGACGCUUCUCGAAGACUGAACUUUGAGGAAGCCAAGGCAGCCUGCAGGAGGGAUGGAGGCCAGCUGGUGAGCAUCGAGUCCGAGGAUGAGCAGAGACUGAUAGAAAAGUUCAUUGAAAACCUCCUGGCGUCUGACGGCGAUUUCUGGAUCGGGCUCAGGAGGCGUGAGGAGAAACAGAGCAAUGGCACAGCCUGCCAGGACCUUUAUGCUUGGACCGAUGGCAGCACGUCAACAUUCAGGAACUGGUACGUGGAUGAGCCUUCUUGCGGCAGCGAGGUCUGCGUGGUCAUGUACCAUCAGCCAUCGGCACCUGCUGGCAUCGGGGGCCGCUACAUGUUCCAGUGGAAUGACGACCAAUGCCACAUGAAGAACAAUUUCAUUUGCAAAUAUUCUGAUGAGAAGCCAACAGCUCCUUCUACAAAGCCUGGAGGUGAAGGAACAGAGCCAGCAACACCUAUGCUUCCAGAAGACACAAGGAAAGAAGAUUCCAGAGAGACUUUUAAAGGAAACAAAGAAGCUGCCUUAAAUCUUGCUUACAUUCUACUCCCCAGCAUCGUCCUUCUCCUUGUGGUCAUCACAGUUAUGUGUUGGGUUUGGAUCUAUAGAAGGAGGCAAGUAAAACUGUCGUUGUGUGAGUCUUUGAAAGGGGAGCAGCCAGGCCCCAGCGCGAAGGAGCAGCACACCAUCUGGCCCUCUCCUCAUGCAGGGAACAGCCCAGACCUAGAGGUUUACAACAUCAUUCGAAAACAAAGUGAAGCCGAUUUGGCUGAGACCCGGCCAGACCUGAAGAACAUUUCAUUCCGAGUGUGUUCGGGAGAAGCCACUCCCGAUGACCUGUCUUGUGACUAUGACAACGUGGCCGUGAACCCAUCCGAAAGUGGAUUCGUGACUCUGGCGAGCGUGGAGAGUGGCUUUGUGACCAAUGACAUUUACGAGUUCUCCUCAGACCGAACGGGGAGGAGCAAGGAGUCUGGAUGGGUGGAAAAUGAAAUAUAUGGUUAUUAG